UGAAACUGGAAAAUGGAAGGAAAGCUAAAAAUGGAAGAGAAGAAAAUGGAUGUUCAUAAGAUGGGGAGGCAAGAAAUGAAGACAUUGGUUGAUGAUUUACUCGAUAGAGAUGAUCAUCAACACUUCCUAAGAGAAAUUAGAAAUCGUUUUGAUAGGGUUGGAGUUGAGAUGCCUAAAAUUGAAGUGAGAUUUGAGCAUUUAUCAGUGAAAGGUGAUGUGCAUGUUGGAAGCAGAGCUUUGCCUACCCUCCUUAACGUUACCAUUAACUUUUUUGAGGCAAUAUUGGGGUUCAUACGUCUGGCUCCAUCAAAGAAGAGGACCCUCGACAUACUGCACCAAGUCAGCGGGAUAAUUAAACCCUCAAGGAUGACAUUACUUCUAGGGCCGCCGAGCUCAGGAAAAACAACAUUGCUAUUAGCUCUUGCAGGGAAGCUUGAUAACAAUCUAAAGGUAAGUGGAAAGAUAACAUAUUGCGGGCACGAACUAAAGGAAUUUGUUCCGAAGAGAACGAGUGCAUAUAUACGUCAAAAUGACAUUCAUCUUGGAGAAAUUACAGUAAGAGAGACUCUAGACUUUUCAGGGAGAUGCUUAGGUGUUGGGAGUAGAUAUUUAUUGUUGAAAGAAGUCUUGAAACAAGAAAAACAAGCAGGAAUUAAUCCCGAUGUUGAGCUUGAUACAUUCAUGAAGGCAGCAACAAUUGAAGGCCAGGAAUCAAACCUUAUCACUGAUUAUGUGCUCAAGAUACUUGCUUUGAGUAUGUGUGCUGAUACCAUUGUUGGCGAUGACAUGAGAAGGGGUAUUUCUGGAGGUGAAAAGAAGCGUACAACUAUUGAAUUGUACUUUGAUCCAUAUCUUUUAGGUGAAAUGUUGGUUGGACCAGCAAAAGUUGUACUAAUGGAUGAAAUAUCCACAGGACUAGAUAGUGCAACAGCUUUUCAGGUAUGCAAGUAUAUAAAAGAAAUGACUCAUUUUAUGGAGAUGACAACAAUCAUCUCUCUCUUACAACCAACUCCAGAGACAUAUGACCUAUUCGACGAUAUCAUCCUCCUCUCCGAGGGCCAAAUUGUGUAUCAAGGUCCGCGUGACAAUGUCCUGAACUUCUUUGAAUAUGUUGGGUUCAAGUGUCCAGAAAGAAAGGGUGUAGCCGAUUUUCUCCAGGAAGUUACUUCCAAAAAAGACCAAGAACAAUAUUGGUCUAUGACCAAACCUUACCAGUAUGUUUCAGUUUUAGAGUUUGUUGAAGCUUUCUGGUCUUUCCAACUUGGAAACAACCUUGUAUUAAAUCUUAGUACGCCUUAUGACAAAGCGAAAACCCAUCCUGUUGCCUUGGUGAAACAAAAGUAUGGUAUCUCAAACCACCAAUUACUUAAGGCGUGUUUUUCUAGAGAAUGGUUGCUAAUGAAGCGAAAUUCUUUCCUCUAUAUUUUCAAGAGUGUACAAAUCACAGUAAUGUCAAUUGCUACCAUGUCCGCGUAUUUCAGAACAACAAUGCAACAUGAGACAGAGGCCGAUGGUGAAAAGUACUUAGGUGCCAUCUUUUUUGGACUCACGAAUUUCGUGUUCAAUGGAAUGGCAGAAACUACUUUAACAGUUAUGGGACUCCCAAUUUUCUAUAAGCAAAGGGAUUUCUUGUUUUAUCCUGCCUGGGCUUACGCGUUACCAGUUUGGAUCCUUCGAAUUCCUAUAUCGUUUAUGGAAUCAGCUUUAUGGACUAUUCUUACCUAUUAUACCAUUGGCUUUGCUCCUGCUCCUAGUAGGUUCUUUUGCCAAUGGCUAGCAUACUUUUGUAUCCAUCAGAUGGCUUUGUCAUUCUUCCGCCUUGUUGGAGCCGUGGGGCGAACCAUUGUCAUUGCUAAUGCUGCUAGCAUGGUUCUAAUGCUCAUUGUUUUUGUGCUUGGUGGUUUCAUCAUUGCAAAAGGUGAUGUUGGUCCUUGGAUGAUAUGGGCUUACUAUCUUUCUCCUAUGAUGUACGGACAACAUGCUUUGGUUAUCAAUGAGUUUCUUGACAAAAGAUGGAGCAAUCCCAAUCUUGACAGUAGAAUAAAGGAACAAACUAUCGGUAAAGUGAUCCUUGAAUCAAGAGGCUUCUUUAAACAUGAAUAUUGGUUCUGGAUAAGUAUUGGUGCUCUCUUGGGGUUUUCUCUUCUAUUCAACAUCUUAUAUAUCAUGGCAUUAACAUACUUAAAUCCUUACAAUGACGCAAAAGCUGUAGUUCAAGAUGAAGAUGAGAAGAAAAAGAAGAGGAAGAUAUCCUUAAGGGAGGAACUUAAUAAUAAUAACAUUGAGAUGGAUGCACGAAGCACUUCUAAGUCUAACAACAAUAAUUCAGAUAGGAGUACUCUUAAAGGAGGAAUGGUUUUGCCUUUUCAACCUCUUUCAUUAUCAUUCAAUCACAUCAAUUACUUUGUGGACACACCAUCGGAAAUGAAAAGUCUAGGUCAUGAAGAAGACCGAUUACAAUUACUAAGGGAUGUGAGUGGUGCUUUUAGACCUGGUAUAUUGACAGCAUUAGUUGGUGUAACUGGUGCUGGAAAGACCACACUAAUGGACGUGUUGGCCGGAAGGAAGACUAGCGGUUAUAUUGAUGGUAACAUAAGUGUAUCAGGUUAUCCUAAAAAUCAAGUAACGUUUGCACGGAUUAGUGGUUAUUGUGAACAAAUUGACAUCCAUUCACCAUAUGUUACUGUUUAUGAAUCUCUUGUGUACUCUGCUUGGCUUCGUCUUUCUUCAAGCAUUGGUCCUAAUACGCGGAAGAGUUUUAUUGAAGACGUAAUGAGAUUGAUAGAGCUUGAGCAAUUGAAAGAUGCUAUAGUAGGGUUACCUGGGAUAAAUGGGCUUUCAACUGAACAGAGGAAAAGAUUAACCAUAGCCGUAGAGUUAGUUUCUAAUCCCUCCAUUAUAUUCAUGGAUGAGCCAACAUCCGGACUUGAUGCUAGAGCUGCUGCAAUUGUUAUGCGUACGGUUCGAAACACUGUAAACACUGGAAGAACUGUAGUUUGUACAAUUCACCAACCCAGCAUAGAUAUCUUUGAAUCUUUUGAUGAGCUCUUAUUAAUGAAGAGAGGAGGCCAAAUUAUUUAUGCAGGACCCCUUGGAGACCAUUCCCAAAAGUUAAUUAAUUACUUUCAAGAAAUCCCUGGAAUUCCGAAAAUUCAAGAUGGUUACAAUCCUGCAACAUGGAUGCUUGAAAUUACUACUCCUCAAGUAGAGUCUCACUUAAAUGUAGAUUUUGCAAAGCUGUACGCCAAUUCCGAACUUUACAAGAGGAACCAAGAAAUUAUUUCGAAUCUUAGUUCUCCAUCGAUUAGUUCUAAGGAUCUCAACUUCCCAACUAAAUACUCACAACCAUUCAUUGUUCAAUUUCAAGCAUGUUUUUGGAAGCAAUACAAAUCUUAUUGGCAAAAUCCAUCAUAUAAUGCUGUUCGAUUCUUUAUGACGAUAAUUAUGGGACUUUUGCUCGGUGUCAUGUUUUGGGACAAGGGACGUAAACUGGACAAACUACAAGACUUAAUGAACUUGUUAGGAAUACUGUUUUCUGCGAUACUUUUCCUUGGAGGGAGUAAUGCUUUGAAUGUUCAAGUAGUUGUUGCAAGUGAAAGAAGUGUUUUUUACCGCGAAAAAGCAGCAGGAAUGUAUUCAUCUCUACCAUUUGCAUUGGCUCAGCUAGCUGUUGAAUCAAUAUACAUCGUUACUAUAAAUUUUGCAUACACCCUUCUGUUAUACUCUAUGAUCGGAUUUGAGUGGACAGUUGUCAAGUUUUUCUACUUCUACUACUACAUAUUCAUGUGCUUUGCGUAUUACACUGUAUACGGGAUGAUGCUUGUCUCAUUGACACCGCGCCCUGAAAUUUCUGCUAUUUUGAUGACAUUCUUCGUUACCUUGUGGAAUUUGUUUGCUGGUUUUCUUCUUCCUAGACCGCAAAUUCCAAUAUGGUGGAGGUGGUAUUACUGGGCAUCUCCUGUUGCCUGGACAAUGUAUGGUUUAGUUACUUCACAAAUAGGUGACAAGAACACCCCAAUUGAAGUCCCUGGAGGUGGUAGUGUGCCAUUGAAGAUUUAUCUCAAAGAAAUUUUGGGUUAUGACUAUGAUUUCCUACCUUAUGUUGCUAUUGCCCAUCUGGCUUGGGUCCUCCUCUUCUUCUUCGUUUUCGCCUACGGCAUCAAGGUCCUAAACUUCCAAAAGAGGUGAUCAAGAUCGAAAAUUGUAUAGUUUAUCAACACUAGAAGUAAUUAAUUAAGAUAGAUCAAUAUUUUUAAAUGCUUGUCAUUGUUGAUUCUUACAUAAACACGUACAUAAAUGGUACAAAUUCAAUUCAUCUAUUUGUUUGGGUAAAUAAAUGUAUCUUCUACUAUCUCCGUUUCUGAAAGUUCUUUACGCUUUGGAAAAUGUGUCCAAAGUAUAAAAACUUUGACCGUAAAUUCUCACUAUUAUAUACAUCAAAACGUUACAUGUA